GCUGUAGCCACUGAUUUAGUUUGGUUGAUGACUUCAAGAUUUCACUGCACAUCCCACUGAGAGCUAAGCGCAAGAGGCUAUGCUGUGCCUGCUGAGUGUAAGCUAAGAGAGAGUCCAGGCACAGACUAGGGCUGACUGCCUCUUGUUCCAUGGGAAACACUAGCAUCACGGAGGGCAAGACUGCCCUGGCAGUGGGCAAAACUUCCAUAGCCAGGGGCAAGACCACGGUCGCGAUGGGCAACACCUCCGUCUCCAGAGGAGUGACCACCACCUCCAUGGGGGACUCCACCAUCAGUAGGGAGAAGACCACAGUAGCUCUUGGCAGAGCUAGUUUCACCAGGGGAACCACCACCACCUCCUUCCGGAAGGCUCUGAUGCCAAAGCGCAGGACCACCUAGAAUAAAUGGACAGGAGCUCAGACGCCACGUCCAAGACUCCCAAAGCAACCAGGAUGUCAAAAAAAGACUUGACUGAAGAGGAGGAGUGGAAAGUCACCUUCCUGUCCAGCAAGACUAGCUUCACUAAGGGCAGGAUCUUGAUUCUGAAGACUAAGUAUGCCAUCUCCUGGGGCAAGUCCUCUGUCUCAUGGAGCAGAACCACCGCUACCCUGGGAAAGAUCACUGUGACCAUGGGAAAGACCUCCGUGACACGAGACCAGACCACCAGCUCUCUGACCACUCUCACCUUCACCAUGGAGAGAAGUCUGUGUCUGUGGUCAAAUCCAGCCUCACUAGGGGCAGACAAACUACACGGAACAUCUACUGGGAUUUCCACCUGUGAUUAUUGUAUACGGUUUCACUCAAAACAGAGGGACUUUUAUCUGCUCAGUUUCAGCAGGUCAGUAGUAGCUUAAAUCAUGUCCAUUUGUAAUCAAUUAUUCCAUGUGUCUGAUCAAUGUGCAGCAUUCUGCAGCUCCAGUGUCAAUGAAGCAUUCAUGUUUUCAAAGAAAAACAUUGAGCAUGUCUUUCAAAAUGAAUCCCACAUGAUGAGUAUUGUUCGGAUGUGUUACGGAUCUAACAGGCUUGAAAUCAGAUAUUCAGAUGCGUGACGGAGGAGAUGAGGUUGGUGGUGUGUUGGCAGGGAGGGAGGCAGGAGGGCACAGCUGCGUGUGGUGUAUGUGGAGACACUGGACAGAGCAUGUGUCAUCGUCAGUGUGCUGUUCAACAGAGAACCUCAACGGUAAUUCUCUGAAGCAAAAAUACAGUUUAAAUGUCCCCAUUUGUUAUAAAACAACAAUUUGCAUGCUGAUUAAAUUGGUCUGUUUCAAGGUUGAACACAUUACAUUAACUAUGCUAUGUUCAGUUUACAAGGACAGUCUUAAACUGGGAAAUGUGUCUGCCAUAACUGAUUGAUUGAUGUAACCUGAUGGAAAUGUGUCUGUCAUAACUGAUUGAUUGAUGUAACCUGAUGCUUAUAAAAUAACUGCUUCAACACGGUUUGACUUGAUUUUGUUUGUUUGCAAAUUUGACUUAUUAUAUAACAUACAAGUAGUAGGAAACAAAUGAUAUGUACUGUCCUGAAGUGGAAUAAUGAAUUAUUUUCAUACUAAAGGACAAGGACCAUAGACAAAUGCAAUAGAAGAUUAUCUGAUCAUCUCUAAAUGGAAUAAACUAUUUUAUGGACACAGACACUUGGAAAAAUCCUAAGAGCCCCACCCAUAUUGGAGACUGAAGCCACAUUGCACAUUUGAGAAGAGAGGUCAUAGGUCAUUGAUGGAAAACAUGAACUUACGUCAACAUCCUUGCCUAUAUAAUAAUGUCUCACAUGAGAUGUUUCAUGAUGCACAUGUUCUAUACAGCUUCACACAGAACUAAGGACUUACAAUCAGGGGAUAUAGGCAACAAUGCCGCAGGAUCAAGUGAUGUCACCACAUAUUGUCCUCUGGGCAACAAUGUCUCCUUCAGCCGCGUCGUGGUGGUGAUGGGACAAUCGUUCCACUGUACCAAGCCCUCAGAUAGGCUACAGCCACCUACGGCUGCCUCUGUCCAAUCACAGGGACACAUGGGUGGUAUGUGGCCUUCCAGAGCCCACGUCUAGAAGCUCAACGAAGGCAUUAUGUGACACGGGGGGUAGCACUAUCCACGCUUAGCAUUCUGGUCUACUCUGGACUCUCGUUACUGUUACUAUCACAACCAAGCUUUACUGAGCGGGGUGUGCUGCAUGAGCGUGCAAUGUGUCGCGCCGAGUGAACCCCAAAAUCCACCACCUCAGCAGGGUCAGGAAUUCAACUUCUUCUCAAUGGGCAACACCAGCAUCACCGAGGGGAAGACGGCCCUCUCCCUGGGAAACACCACUAUCAAGAGGGGCAAGACCAAGCUCACUGUGGGCAACUCGUCUAUCACCAGGGGCAAGAAGACCACUUCUCUGGGCGCCUCCACCAUCGCCAGUGCCAAGACCAAGCUCACUAUGGGCAAUGCCUCCUUCAGCAGGGGCACCACCACCACCUCGUUUCGAAAAGCCUUUUUCGCCAAACGCAAGACCCUCUAGAUGAGAGGGGACAUCAUUGGGUGGAUGGACUGGUGGCUAACUCAACAAAACGUAAAGACAACAUACAACAACAACAUCACAGGGGACAUAAGGACAUCACCGCAACAUCUACACAGGCUAUAUCUAAACUGACUUCUAAAACACUGGAUUAUUUUGCUUUGGACCAUUUUACUGUUUUGAUCAAACAGGAUUUUAUCAAGGAAACAGUCUUGGCCUAACCAGCAGGAUCAGCUGACACUGGAGGAUUCCUCCCUGGCCACGGCCAUGUGAAGUGAACACUGUCUGUCUGAUGGUUCAACGUGUUGGCACCAACAGUGUUCAUCCAGUCAUGGACCUCGUCAUGAGAGCUCUUAGGAGAGAAUAUGCAACAAAGUAAUAUAUCAACUGGCCUUUAACAAGAUUCCCUAGUGAUAGCUGUUUCUCCUGGUUUGGCCUCUUUCAAUAAGGUAAAAUAGCAGCUAUUGGUACAGUCUGUUUCUCUCAGAUGAACCAAGUACAGAUGACACUCUGGUCCCGCCAUGUUUUAAAAACAUAUGUAGCCCAUAGCAACAGCUAUACUGUUAUGUAAGACUUUUAUUUUAUUCUUGACAUUUUAUUCUUAUUCUGGCCAUGGUAAAUACUUAUAAAUGAAAGCCAGCUUAAGGCAUGAGUGGUAUCUCCUUCUAAAGUUAUUUUUUUCUCAGGACUUGAGAAAGUUCAUGGUGCCAAGUUCCAACUGAGAUUUCUUCAGUCAUUUUCAAACACACAUCAAAAUAGUACAUGAAUACAUGAGACUUUUCCACUUGGAGACUACCAGCUGGACCAUACUGUAUAUCUAUGACCUCUGCUGACUUAACUAUUGACCUAAGACCUUUGACCCAGGGAAGCAACAAUAGUUUCCUGUGAUGUUGAGAGUAUUUCCAGAUUUCCGUCACUGUACUGUCUAUUGCUGUGCAUGGAAAUCUCUGUCAUCAAAAUAAGUUCAGUCGAUGAAACAUGAUGUAAUGGGGAGGUCACUUUGACACAUCAGAUCACUGCAUUUUAGAAGUCACUAUAUCUUGGCUUUGGUGUCAAAAAUAGGGCCAACCCAUGAGAUGUGCCAUCACAGAGUAAGCCUACUAGUAUUACUGAACCCUACUAUAUCAAUAUAGCACUAAAACAACAAUGUUAAUGACUUGGAGGAAGAGCUUUGAAUGAGAGUGCGAUGCCACUUUGGCAAAAAUCCAUUAUGAUCCCUGAUGACAAAUUGGCAUGGGGAUGAAGUACUGGGUCCAGCAUUUCACCAAGGGUAAACAGAUUCAAAUUCAGUAAUCAAGAACAACUCUGAAUGUUCUAUUAUCAUACACAAAUAGGCCUCAAGACAAGGAUUUACUUUAAAAAAAAAUGAAAUAUAGGAAAUCCAAACAUGUUCAUCUGUGUGUGCCGAUGUCUGGUAAAUGUGUGUGUUGUGAUAGUGCUGGAAAUGUUUUGUAUUCAAAUUUAAAAUAUAUACACGUGCACUAGUGUUAGAAGAAGGAUCAUGCUUGGGCUGGUGUGCUAACUGAACACUAAUUUGGGCUUCGUUGGGAGGGAUGGCUAAUGAUCUGAAGAUAACUGUGUCCAUAUCAGUCAAACCUUUUUUAUGACUCUCUCCAUUACUCUUGGCAUUAGUCUGGAGCACAGAUCCACCCUCUAUUCUUUGCCCCAAGGCUGCCCUGCUGGUAGCCCUGCCUACACAAUGAGACACACACACAACAUCAGCCUGACUCUAUGCACAGCCAGAGGUUCUGAGGUCACAAACAUUCACAACCUUUGUCAACUUGAACACCACCUGGGACAAGGGCCUGUCAUUGGCUGACACAUGGAAGUAUUAUACACGUCUGUCUGGCAGGAAAAGAGGCCUCUAUGACUUACAGCCCAUCUUAGACUGCACAAUACAAAAGGUAGACUUUACAUCGACACAGAUGCUUUCAGAUAUUCAAAGCCUGGGGAAUACAUGUACUACCCUUGCAUUAAACUUAAUUCAUAGCUCUCAAUGAAAAGUAAUUAAUGUCUUUCCAAGUGGAGACAACUGUAUGAUUAGCAUUACUGAUGAAAAACUAUUUUUUGUUUUGUUUUGUGUCCUGUGCCUGUCUCUUUAAAUGUCUUGGAUUAAAUGUCCUUGGCACGGUCAGUGUCUGAAAAAUGACCAAACUGCAACAAAUGUCUCUUUGUUCUCUCGCUAAUCCUUCCUGGAGUCUGAAGUCUAUGUCUUUGAAAACAUUCUUUAUUUUGGUCAUGAUCUAUGUCUGUUCUAUGUGUUCUAUUACACUAUGUUCCACUAAAUGCAGACAGAACCCUUGACAGAGAGGUGCUGUAAUAAAAAGUGCUUGAUCGUG